GCCUGGUGGCCGGAUUUCCCAGUUGGAGCCCAGCCCUUUAAAGUCCUCGCUCCUUCUUUCUGGCCGGAUAUGUGCUGAGACCCAGGGGCCUCCGUGCUGUGCCGGGAGUAGGCAGAAGCGGACUGUGACAGGUGCAUGUGGAUCAGGAAAUGGAGCUCAGUGCAGCCCACUGAAUUACUCGGGGCCCUGCAGCUAACAUAGGCAGAGGCAGGAUCUGAACUCAGGAGCUGCUUGGAGAUGCUGCUGUGGCCACUUCUGCUGCUUCUGCUGCUGCUGCUGCCAACAUUGGCCCUGCUCAGGCAGCGGCGGUCCCAGGAUGCCAAGCUGUCUUGGCUUGCUGGCCUCCAGCACCAAGUGGCAUGGGGUGCCCUGGGCUGGGCAGCCACCUGGCAGCGGCGGAAGCUGGAGCAGAGCACGCUCCACAUGCACCAGAGCCAGCAGCAGGCCCUGAGGUGGUGUCUACAGGGAGCCCAGCGUCCCCACUGUCCCCUGAGGGGGAGCACAGACAUAAGCACCUUCCGGAAUCAUCUCCCUUUGACCAAGGCCAGCCAGACCCAGGAGGAAGAGAGAGGAGAGCAGCUACUGCCCCCAACCUCACACCAGGACCUGGGGGAGGCCUCUCUGCAGGCCACCUUGCUGGGUCUGGUAGCCCUAAACAAGGCCUACCCAGAAGUGCUGGAUCAGGGCGGUGCUGCCUGUCUGACCCUCACAUCCCCUUGGCCCCGAUCCCUGCCUUGGCCUGGGAAGGCCCUGGGCCGGGUUAGCACCCCUGGAACCAAGGACCCUAGGGUCCUCCUGCUGGAGGCACUGAGGUCCCCAGGGCUGAGGGCACUGGAGGCCGGGACCGCGGUCGAACUCCUGGAUGUCUUCUUGGGCCUGGAGGCUGACGGUGAAGAGCUGGCAGGGGCGAUAGCUGCGGGGAACCCUGGAGCGCCUCUCCCUGAACGGGCAGCUGAGCUGCGGGAGGCCCUAGAGCAGGGACCCCGAGGACUGGCUCUUCGGCUAUGGCCAAAGCUGCAGGUGGUGGUGACUCUGGAUGCAGGAGGCCAGGCCGAGGCUGUGGCUGCCCUCGGGGCCUUGUGGUGCCAAGGACUAGCCUUCUUCUCUCCUGCUUAUGCAGCCUCUGGAGGGGUGCUCUGCCUAAACCUACAGCCAGAGCAGCCCCACAGGCUCUACCUUCUGCCGCCUGGACCCCUCUUUAUCGAGCUGCUCCCAGUCAAGGAAGGCACCCAGGAGGAAGCUGCCUCUACCCUCCUUUUGGCUGAGGCCCAGCAGGGCGAGGAGUAUGAGCUGGUGCUGACGGACCGUGCCAGCCUCACCAGGUGCCGCCUGGGCGAUGUGGUGCAAGUGGUUGGUGCCCACAAUCAGUGUCCAGUUGUCAGGUUCAUCUGCAGGCUGAGCCAGACCCUGAGUGUGCGAGGGGAAGAUAUUGGUGAGGACCUGUUCUCUGAGGCCCUGGGCCAGGCAGUGGGGCAGUGGCCAGGGGCCAAGCUGCUGGACCAUGGCUGUGUGGAGAGCAGCAUUCUGGAUUCUGCUGUGGGCUCUGCUCCCCACUACGAGGUGUUUGUGGAGCUGAGGGGGCUGAGGAAUCUGUCGGAGGAAAAUCGAGACAAGCUGGACCACUGCCUUCAGGAAGCUUCUCCCCGCUACAAGUCCCUGCGGUUCUGGGGCAGCGUGGGCCCUGCUAGAGUCCACCUGGUGGGGCAGGGGGCCUUCCGAGCACUCCGGGCAGCCCUUGCUGCCUGCCCCUCCUCCCCAUUCCCCCCUGCGAUGCCUCGGGUCCUUCGGCACAGGCACCUGGCCCAGUGUCUGCAGCAGAGGGUGGUGUCCUGAGUCAACGCCUGCCCUACCGGCCAGCUCCUCUCUCUCAGACCUCUCUGGAUGGGGAGUCCUUGGCCGGGGUCUGUGACUCUGUGUCACCUGACAUUUGCCCAUGAGAGCCGCUGGGCCUUAGGGAGGCCUUGGCCCAGCUGACCAAUUCUGAGGCAUGGGCCUCCAGGGUUAGCAGACACCAGCAGCGCAUGCCCGUGUCCCCGGGUCCUGGCAUGGCAGACACUGCCAGAGCUCCCAUGGAUGCCGAUAGUUUCCUGUGUCACAGCCCGACGGGCUUCUGGCGGCCACAACCGUGUGCUCAGUCCGUGCACUGGGCAGGCUGGAAUUGUUGGGGGGUUAAUGUCCCCAGGAGCAACCCUGAGUCAAUAAGGAGCAGGACCUCAGCUUCAUUGUCCUUGAGCGGGACAAUUCUGAAGCGUAUUCUACAUAAAGUCUCGGAGGAUGCCCAACAGGAUGGAGUCCCCGCCGCCCAAAGCAGUAACCCACUCAUUCAUGUACUUCCUGCGGGGCUCCUCACCUGCCUCCCUUCCCCGCUCCCUCCUUGGGCUUCCUGGGAUGCUCCCAAAUAAACCUCUCGCAGCCAGAUUCUUGCCUCAGGGUCUGCUUUGGGGAAACUGGGGAGUGGACCGUGGCUCCGGGUCUGGUCUGGGCCUGGCUAGGCCCUGACUGCGCGUGCACACAGGAGCCUUUGGGGACAGCGAGCACCUCCUGGGCCAGCACCCACAAGCCACUUCUGCGGUGGGAACAAGAGACCGAUUGCUUCACACCGUAAGGCAUUGAAGCAGGAAGCAGCCCCUGAGACCAUCUGGGUUAACUGUUCUAUGCCAAUGAGGAAACGCAGCCUCCACAGGUUUGUAGAGGCUAAAAUAAAAGAAAGAAAGAAACUGGG